AUGGCAAAUGAGCCCUUGAAGACGUCAACGGGCACAGCAUCCGGCCAAGGGGAUACCGCGGCAGUACCAUCUCUACCUACAUCCACAGCGACUGCUCCAGAACCCGAACCAGCAUCCAGCCCUACUUCAACGGUUCCAACAAGCAUCUCAAAGGAUUCGCCCUCACCGGUUCCUCCACCACCACAACCGCAGCCCUUUCCAACCCCAUACACAGGACACAGCACAACAUGGACAGGUCAAAGCGUACCGUCAUCAACAACCUCCAACCGCAACAGGAACAACUCCAUCCCUCCUCCUCCCAAAGCAUCGGAAAUGCAUCUUUACCGAACAACAUCGACGACGAAACCGCCCAACACCCACCUAGAUACCCACUCACAUAAUAAUACGCAACAACAAUACAUGCCUCCCCAUCAAGCAUUGGAACGAACGAACAUGCCUAACCUCGAACAUCCACCGGGCUAUCGACAGAAUCCAGCAAUCGCACAGCCGUCUGCUGCAACACUGGCCGCUGCUGACGGCACUGAAUUCAUCGACGGCUCGCACCUCGGGAUGAGGCAGGUGUGGGAUCCGGCGCCGGGAGAGGCGGGAGGGCGAUAUGUAUAUGAAUACGACUUUUUCGGCGAUGGGAGCAGGGAAGGCGGGGACGUGGGACAGAGACAACAGGCACAGGAUGAUGAGUGGAUAUGGGAUUCUGCUGCUGGGAUGUGGGAGACUACUGUUUCGUGGAUGAAGAGUGCUGGAGAGAAGAUGGCGGAGGUGGAGGAAGGGGUUUGGAGGUGGGUUAAUGGGAGGUAG